ACAGUACCGGACAGGACCGGCAGCCGCUACAGUUCUGUUCACGGGGUCGACUGAAUCUGCGCAGCAGCGGGAGGAUAGCCGCAAGUGCGACGACGAGGAAGCAAAAGCAGAUGAGGAGAGUGCGAACAACCUACAGGAUGGCGGGACUCCUGAUGUCAAGUUACUCCAAAAGAAUGGACAGAUCUCCGGGCUGAGUGAAAAAGCAGCGGGCAAGACUGAGGAGGUCAACGGACUGUGUGAAGACAGGGUCGUUGCAGACGUUGGUGAGACAAAUUCAGUUAUCAUUUCUCAGAAUAAGGACAUUCCGGAGACGAUAGAGACUCUCACAGAGAAGAUACCACCUCUGGAAAACGUGAUGGGAAGGAAUCACCAGAUGCAGACGAUGAGGCAUCAACAAAUGAGACUGAAACAGAAGUUAAAUUAAAUGAAGUCAAUGAACGUUUAAAAAAAAAUCUUCAGUUCAAUUGGUUUAAAAUUCACAUUGAAAAAAGACUGACACAACACAAGAAGAAGUGAGCCCUAAGAAAGUAGAGAGCGAAGCAAGAACUCCUGAGGAUAUCAAGGACACAGAAGAGACCACUAUAGAUAAUGCUGAGGAGAAUACCGAGCAGAGCAGAUCUGACUGAUGAUACAAUUAAAUAAAUUGUUGGUGAUACACCAAAAGAGUCUGUUGGCGAUACACUAAAAGAGCUUGUAGAUGAUACACUAGAAAAACUGGUUGACGAAAUACUAAAAGAGCCUGCUGAUGAUAUACCAGAUGAGCCUCCUGAUGAUACACAAAAAGAGCUUGUAGAUGGUACACUAGAAGAAGGGCAUAUCGACGAUGCACCGAAUGAGGUUGUUGAUGACACAACAGAGGAGCCUGCUGAUGAUUGUACCUCUUGCCAUAUGAUGACAGACCUCACAUUUGUGAAAUUUUCUCAAUAAAACUACCAAGGAACAUACCACAGAAAUGAUAGAACCUAAGGAGGAAGUCACACCUGAAGAAGUGGCAAAAGUAGAGAGAGAGGCAGAGGCACCAGCCCCACUGGUUCCGGUAGUUGACGAAAUGUCUCCAUUGAAACGUUUUUUCCUGACAGGUAAAAUACACAAGCAGGUCAAGCAAGAACCCACAAAAGAAUACAAGGUGGAACCUAAGGAUGAAGUCAAGGAAGAACCUACGGAAGAACCCAAGACAGAACCCAAGGAUGAACCCAAAGAGGAACCAAAGGAAGAAGUCAAUGAGAAACCUAAGGACAAAGUCAAGGAGAAAGUAGAGGAGGAAGUCUUCCCAACCGAAGAGACAGAGGCACCAGCACCAACCAUUCUGGAUGUUGAAGAAGAAAUUAUAUCCCCGAUUAAGAAGUUUUUCACUACUGGAAUCUUUGCCGGUUUAAAGAAAAAUAAAAAGCUUAUAGAAGAGGAAACGCCCGAAUAUGAGACCGUUGAGAAGGAACAGGAACUGCAAAGCAUUGAAAAACAGGAGGACGUAAACACACCAGAGGAAGCUGGACUUGAGCAAGAACAAACAAAAGAGGAGAUCAGUCCAGGUGUUGAGGGGGAACAUAAUGAGAAAGAACUUCAAUUUGAAAUUGCAGCCACAAUGUUAGCGGGAGUAACAGAUUCCCUAAUGGCUGAGACAUCCAAUGUCCCUGAACUCACCGAACUCAUUAAGAGUAAUGUUCCUAAAACUAGUGGAAACAGAGAGGAUGUUCUUGAAGAGCAGACAGCUACUAAUAUAUUAUUACAGACAAUUAUCUCAAAUGAAGCUGAACUUCUUAGUUCAGGAAGUUCAGUCCAGGAUAUUCUUGAAGACCAGUGUCCUUCUUGGAGUUUCGUAACCGUUAUAACAAAUAAAGCUGAAACAAAUGAAGCCAAACUUCUUAGCUCUCAAAACAAAGUUAAAACCCAGGAAAGUCUUGAAGAGCAGUCUCAUUCUUGGGGAUUUGUCACCGUCACAGAGGAUGUUCCUGAAGAGGAGCCAGCUCCUGUGGUAUUACUGACAGUUACCUCAAAUGAGGCUAAACUUCUUAACUCUCAAGAGAAAGCUAAAAGCCAAGGAAGUCUAGUCCAGGAUAUUAUUGACAAGCAGUCUUCUUCUUGGGGAUUCCACACAGUUAUCUCAAAUGAAGCUGAACUUCUUAUCUCACAAGAGAAAGCUAAAAAUCAAGGAAGUCCACUCAGAAAGCUCUUGUCUGGGGCUGGUUUGAAGAAGCUUACUAGGAAGCGGAGAGGUAGUAAACCAGACAAGUUGACCGGAUCUGGUGAGCAUGUAGCUGAGGAUCUACUGUCAUCCACAGAUUCAGUGGAGUACCAGAAAGGAGAAAGUACUGCCUCUCUGCCCGAAGAAUUAGCAGCAGAGCAGGUAAACGUGUCUGCUCAGGCUGGGUUGAGCCACGAAUCAGAUGAUGUAACCUCUGACAGUGAAAGGAAGAAGGAUGGUACCUGGACUUCCUUCAAAAAACGAAUGACGCCCAAAAGACAUCCCAAAAGAUCCACUGAGAGUGAGGAUGAGUCAGCAUUUGUAGGCUUACAUGAGGAGCCAAAGCAAAGUGAAGGGGAGCAGGUACUAGAACAUAUCACAGAAGAGCCCAAAAAGAAGGUUGAUGUAUCUGUUUCUUGGGAGGCUCUCCUAUGUGGAUCUGCAAAGAGGAGGGGAAGAAAAACAUCGGACUCAGAGGAGGAAGCACCCAUGAAUGAAGGUAAAAUACUAAGUGAACCAGGAAACACUGCAGAGUCGCCAUUGGACAGUUCUCAGGAGAGAGGUUAUGAACAUUUUACCUCUUCCCCUGAGCAAGUUGGAAGUCCCUCGGGGAGUGAAGGGGGGUCUACAUGGAAAUAUCUUAAAAAGCUGAUCACCUCAAAAACAAAGGCAAAAACCAAGGAGGCCAUUAAAGUUAGCUCACCAGAGCAGAUGCAAUCUGGCAUCGAAAUCACCAAAGAAAAGUCUUAUUUUUCUCUAAAGAAACUCAUCCCUGGACGCAAAAAGGGAAAGCAUGGAGAAAAGCAGGAACCAAUAUCUUCUGACGAGGCAGAUAAGGGUGUUGGAUCGGAUGAUGAGGAGGACUCUGAAACGCCAGCAGUGGUCCCCAUGUCAGAGUUUGAUGCAGAAGAGCUAGGAGAGAAACACACCAUAUCAACUGAGGCUGUUAUAGAAACUCUAUUACACAUAACAGAAGAAGAAACCCAGCCAGACGUCUCUAGUACGUUCACCGAAUGGACCAUACCCAAAGACACCCUGCCCACUGAAGCAGAGAAGGCUCAAGCCAAAUAUACUGUGGAACAGUUGGACCCAUCAACAUCCCCCACUGCUAUGGAAAACUUUGAGGACCUUACAGAAUUCAGUAAACAUCAGCAACUCAGUGAUAUACCUGAAGAAGGUUUAAUAGAGGAGACCAAUGCCACACAAGUGUCUACUCCUGAAGAAGCCACUCAAGACGACACCAUAGCCGAGGACCUAAUAGAGUUGACAUCUGAAGCAGUCACUGCCCCAGAACCUCUAGAUGAAGAAACAACAGAAAUGGUUUCAGCAGUGUCACAGCUGACAGAUGAGUCCCCCAAAACAUCAGGCAGCACAACACCUGUCCCACUAGAAUACGAGUUAAAGGAUACAGAGUUACUUCUGCAUGAGACUGUUGAUACCAUUAGCAGAACCCAAACGCUCUCAUUGGUAAAUACAAAAGACCCACAUCUGGAAGCCAUUUCAGUUUCUCCACAAAUAUUACACACAGCAAAAGAGAAGGAGGCAACAGUUUUGAUAGCUCAUGAAAAAUCAGAUGCAGUUGAAAUCCGCACAGGUGAAGAGUCUCAACAAAUUGAUCUUGUUGAUAAAAGCCCAGUGACUCCUAUGGUAGUGUGUCCAUCUGAGGUCACCGAGGUAGUACCCACAGAGUUGGCACCUGAGGACACUGAAGAGUCUGAUGCUGCAAGAAUCACUACAGAUGAUUUACACAAAACUGAAGAUGAAUCAAUUCCAAUCAUGCGCAUAGAAACUGAAAAGGACCCACAAACAGAAUUGGUAAAUGAGUUAGAAGAGGCAAGACCAGAACUUGUAGCCUACAUUAAUUCAGAAGAAGGUGUAGCUCAGGUUGAUGAAAAGGUGGUAGCAGAAGAAACUCCACAGCCUGAUACAGAGAGUCUGGAUGUAUCAGACACAGACAAACAUAUCUCCAUACAACCUCUCACGGAGUUCACUCUUGAAGAAGAGAAAGCGGAAUUCCUGGAUGUUGCGGAGGAUGCUGCAGACAAUGAGAAUGCACCAGUUAUAGAAACAAUCACAUGUGAGCUUCAAGCUGUCACAGCUGCAAUGCAUGACGUUUCAAUUUCGGAACCAUCUGACGUUCUGGAAUGUUCGAUUGCCAUAGUGACACCUGAAGUAGAAUCCCCAGAGAAAAGGGAUCCUGUGGGUACUCUAAGACCACUUGAAGAGGCAAGACCAGUACUUGUCGCCACCGUUAAUUCAGAAGAAGCUCAGGUUGAAGGAAAGGACGUUCUGAAAACGUUGAUUGCCGUAGUGGCACCUGAAGGAGAAUCUCCAGAGAAGAAAGAUCCUUUGGGUGUUCUAAGACCACUCAUAUGCUCUGCUAUGGUUCAGACACUAAAGGUAGAGGACAUGGUUGUGAUGAAGGAUGUGCCUUCAGCACAGUUUGUUGAUGGCCAUGUGAUCCAAGUACAAGUGACGGAUGCAGUGCUAAAGUCAGCUGAAGAAAUUGACGAGAUAGUGCUUGAAGUGGGCUCAUCUGAUGCAAAUGAUCACAAGAUUCUAUUACCACAGGUGAACACUGAGAUUGAAUCAGAUGAAGCAAAUGUUAACACAACCCUUGAGGUGGGCUCAACUGAUGAUCACGAGAUUAUAGUACAAGUGGCGGAUGCAGCGUUAAAGUCUGCUCAAGUAAUUGUUGAUAAAGUGCUUGAAAUGGACUCAACCAAUGUCACUGAUCACGAGAUCCAAUUAAAAGGGUUGGAUGUAGAGAUUGAAUCAGAUGAAACAAUUGUUGAUACAGUUCUUGAGGUUGUCUUAACUGAUGUCAAGGGUCAUGAGAUCCAAGUACAAGUAACAGAUGCAAAUGCUGAGAAGGGUUCAGCUGAAGCUAUUGUGGAGACUGCACUUGAGGUGGUUUCCUCAACUGAUACUAAAGAGGUCAUAGACGUUUGUGACAAAAUGGAGGACGAAGGAGAGGGUGAGAAUGCCACUGAGAAGAUUGAGGACGACAUGUUUGAAGAGGCCAGCAGUAUUCUAACUCAGGGAGUUGUCCAACAUGUACAGCAGAACUCAUCAGAAGACCCCAAUGUUGUACCACAAUCAAGUGAAAAGGCUGAAGUUGAAUUAUCGAGUGAAGCAGACGUUUCAAAAUCACCAGAGAGUACACCAGCGGUCGCAGUUAUAGAUAGUCAAGGACAUCCACAUGUAACUGCACAGGUGCAAAAGACAAUUCAUUUAUUUGAAAACUACUUAGAUCUUAAUACUCAGGGAAAUGCACAAGAACCUUCAGAAAAAGAAACUGAGCCCUCGAUUGCUCUCGAAGUUGAUACAGUAUAUGAGGAUAAAAAAAUUCCUGAGGCAUUUGUAGUGCCCACUUUUGAAUUUACCAGCAUACCUGACGACACAGUUCCCACUACAUUUGCAGAGUCUUGUUCACAGGCAGAUGUGCAAGAUGUUUUUGGAACAGAGGCUGAAUUCAUUAUUGAUGUUUCAGACUCUACUAGCGGGCAUGAGAAGGAACUAGUGGGAAUGGUAGUAGAAUCAGCAAAGGAAUCAGUGGAGUCGUUUGAAAAGAGACUAUCUAUUGAAUCCCAUGUCCAUAUCCAUCUCCACAUUAAACCCAGCGAUGCUGGAGUUGUGUCCGCGGGAUUAGAGUCACCACCACUUGCUAUUUGGCCACCUCCAAGUACUACUGCAGAAGUUGCAGUGAAUACUGACAGCCUUCGAACAGAAUCAAUAGAAAGUGCAAGUACUAUUGCAAAACGUUCCGUGAAUACUGACUGCGUUCUAACAGAAUCAAUGGAAAGUGCUCAACUUUGUGAAGUCAGUCAAAUUGAGCAAACCAGUGACACUGCACCUCAUUUGCCACUGCAUACCCCACCUGCAACAGUGUUGUACACCCUAAACCCUGAAACAGAACAGGUAAUGACCAAUGCAGUAGCGUCUAACCCACACAUAGAGGAAGAGAAUGACCUAGAACUGUGGCUGGAUGCUGAGGAAGAUAUUGGCACAGUAAAAUCCCAUAUCUUGGAAGUUCUAAGCAAAAAAACAGAUAGAGGAGUAGAGAAAACGCUGCAGGACAGUGAAGAUAUAUUUGAUAUUGCACUUGAGCCUCAAAGCUUUCUGUCCGGAGGUGAUACCUAGUAAGACAGCAGCCAUUCCACCAAACUGACGUAUCAUGAACUGGUUUAACGAGCUAAAGGAGUGCUGGACUACCUGAAAGAGAAGAUAGAAGUCCACACAUGAAGGAUGACCCACCACAACGGAGCUAAUGGAGACAUUCUUCAGAUCGUUGAAUACAUUAAUGUUAGUUUCAAUGUUAUUAUAUCAAAGUUUAACUGUAUGUGUAACUACGUCUACUUAUUUAAAUACAAUUUGUGUUCCUUUUCAAGGAACCAUGUCAUUUUAUCAGAACUUGGAGGUACAAUAAUGUAUAUUAUAUAAUAUUUAUGUUAACAUUUUUGAAAAUGUUUGUCCUGUUUGUCCUUCUAUUACACAGAGUAUAUUUAUCUGAGUUUAGUGUUCUUUAGCGUUAAUGUAAUUUGUGGAUUGAACAGAAGCCUUCCAUUUAUCAACAUAUAAUACACUUACAUUCAACACAGGACAUAUGUAACCCACUGCUCACCAAAACAAUGCAAAGACAAACUGUGAUUAGAUAUACAGGUAUGUAGAUUUGUUCGCGAUGUUACUGUGUUAUCACUGUCUUCUGUCAGACACUAAAUGUUUGCUCGACUCAGCACAUACCGGUAAUAGAACAUUUGCUCUAGUCAUGUGUAGUGACUAGAAUUUGUAUCAUAUUUAUCAUCAUUCCUAUGAAUAUUGCCAUCCAUCUUCAUUAUCUCAGAAUUAUAGUUGAAUUGCCAAGUUUUCAAACUAUGCACUGCAAUGGUUAGUUGACACAGACCAAAAUACUAAUACAAAAUGUGUAUUUUAUCACGAGUUACGUGAUGUAUUGGUCACAGACAAACUUAUCAACAGAACUAUAUUUGUGUAUUCAUUUUUUUGCCUGUGAAUAUACACGGAGUAUACAAAACAUUAAGAACAUAACAUAGACUGAGGUGAAUCCAGGUGAAAGCUAUGACCCCUUAUUGAUGUAAUUUGUUAGAUCCACUUCAAAUUCAGUGUAGAUGGGCAGGGCGGGGGGUGUGGGUAGGUUAAAGAAGGAUUUUUAAGCCUUGAGACAAUUGAGACAUGGACAAAAU